GAUGGAGAAUGUGCUCAGAGGUAUGGUAUAUUAUUUUUGUAUUUAUGAAUAGGAGUGGUAGCGUACGUUGAUGUCAAAUCACCAUUUGGAAACCCGGCAAUUGCUCUUACUGGGAGUCUUGAAUCCUUGGGAGCUAGAGUGUGUCAUUCUUUAAGUCACUUGGUUACACAUGUUAUUUUUCGAAAUGGCUCAGAAGUGGUCAGAAGUUGGGCUAUAAAGAGAAAUAUACCAGUAGUAUCUCCAGCAUGGGUAAAGGCUUCUAGGAUGAUGAAGGUAAGUCAUUAGUUUAACAUUUGCCACAGUGUGGUAGGUUAAAGCUCCUGAGGCGGCCUACUCUGAAAAAGAGGACAAAAAUGAUCUCUCUGGAUUAUCCACAAAACCAGAUAGCAUAACUGAUGAUGUGGAAGCUAUUAAUAGAAUCGGUGUUCCUAUUUCAGGUAUUGUCCACCUCCGACUCCCAUCUGUUUUUUCCGGUAACGCUAGAAUUAUCCCUUUACUGAGUUUCUAUAAAAUUAAAUUUUCUUUCCUCAUUAUUUACCCUUUUUUGGUUUACUGGGUUUUCUAAUUGUUUUUGCUCUGAAAGCAUGUAGUUCUCAUCAAAUAGGUUUCCACUCUUUUCAUAAUUGCAUGUACGUUUCUACAAAAUGAAUAUUAACCUGAGCCUCAUUCCACUGUCAUAACUAUUAACAUUAUUUAACAGUCGAAUUGAGUUAUAAAUGUUAGUAAAAUCAGUCUUACUAUAGGCCUGAAGGAAAGCUAAUGACUGAAAAAGCUCAGUAUUUAGGUAGUCAGGAGAGAUGGAAAUAUUGACUAGGAAUGUUGUGAAGGGUAUUUGAGUGUAGUAUAUUUUAAUGAUAAGCACGGCGAAAGUGAAGUACAUAUACGAUCUUGAGUUACUUUUUAUCUAACGAGAAAACUGGUUUUAAGACGAACUCUGAUAAAAAAGUAGUGUCUAUAUGUAAUAGACAGAAUUUUUACCGUGCCCAAUUAUUUUGUCGCUGGCUGCGGGAACUGAGUUGUAAAGAUUUGUUAAACCUCUCAUAACUGAAUAUCUGAAUCUUUUCAAUAAUGAGGUUUCCUGCUACUAGUGGUACACUAUGAAGUUCACCAGUACCAUUUUGUCCUAGGGGUUGUUUUUAUUAUGUGUGAUGUUGAUCUGAAUCACUGGGUUCUCUAAGAACAUGAAUCAUGAAACAAUCGCAAGACGAUCUUUGUCACUAAGGUCGUUGAUUACGAUCUAGUUAUCACCUGAUAGCAUUUUUUUGAAAUUAAAUAAAUAGGCUUUGAUACAGUCGUUCUAAAUGGUUAUUCAUGAAAAAGUAGCUAUUCACCCACUUUGUACUCUUGCCUAGAAAAAAUAGUCUUUUACCGAGUGCUUUGAAUAUUCUAUUCGUUGAUUGUGCACCAACCUACUCUUCGAGGUCAUUACUCUAUACUUGUUUAUAGUACUGAGGUAUACAAGUAUAAAAUGUUCGUAAUUAGUGAACAUUAAUAAAUUAUUGAGACUGUCCGUGGGCCUAAAGAUUUUCAUAACUUGUCUCGUUAUCUCUGACAAAUUAUAGAUCUGCAUGCAAUCGAGUAGGAUAUAGAAAGAGUCACUUGAUCUUCAAAAAUAUUUUCAUACUACAGCUCACCCAUUGUGGUUAUUUCGAAUUUCGAGUACACUUAUCCAUAAUUGACUGAUUAGUUUGUUUGGACGAAAGACUUUAUGCACAGUACUAAAUGUCUUCACCUUAUCUUUUAAAAUCUUUAGAUAUCAUGUCUAUCUCUGGAAUUUUCCAAAAGCCACUUAGCUACAACUUAGGACCAGGUAUAUAUAUGUAUCGGUCUCAGCCGCCGUACCGGAUUAGUACAACAAGAUGAACACCUAAUUGAUAGAAUUACUUCAAUGGUAUUAAUGUAUAAAAGAAAGAUUGAGUAUGAGGUUAUAAUACAGGAAGAAAGAAUUAGUUCGUAGAAAGAGAAGUAUAAAGUAAUUUCAAUCUUACGGUGAUCGAUUCUGAGCCAUGUCCCCUAGUCUCCAAACAUUGGUUACGACAGUCACGCGGACUCCAACGAAGUAGUCCGCAUCUACCAACAUGGCUAAGACUAGAAGUUAAUGGCUUUAUGGGCUGACGCCACGUUUUAGUUUGGCCACUCUUUACUUUCUUCCAACCGUCUUCAACACUAGUCAGCAUUGCGCGUCAUAGUAAUCGGUGGUUGGGCAUACGUAACAUGUGGCCCAACCAUCUCAGUCGAUGUAGAUUCACAACCUUAUCAACUGAUUUACCAUUAUUCAGAAAAAGUCGUUCACAAAUUAUUCUUAGUCUACAAAAUCAUAGUGAUUAUAUUCAUAGUUUAUUCAGAAAAACAUAUAGAUGAAGAACUUGUUUAUCCAAAGUAACCAGUAGUUAUUAUUUAAAUAUUUUUGCUAGACAGAGAAUACAACAAUGGAUUGUCAGUUUUUAAACCAAUCCGUGUGAGUGAGAAAUUCAUUAGACCGAAAACACCUCCUGGGAUGAGAGACUUCCUACUUCGUAUUCAAAAAGGUCGAAAAUUAAAUGGGGAAGACACUAUUUGUGAUGAAGCUGUACCGAAAAACUCAGAGGACAACAUUGAAAAUGAAACACGGAAUCCAACUGUUGGAGAAGGCUUUCAAAAUCCCAACGUGAAAUCAAAAGCUGACUCUCUAAUUACUUCUACUCAAAAUAUGAAAGACCAACCAGAAGUUUUAGAAUUCCGUAAUUCUUUAUCACCCAUUAUUAAUAAAUCUCAAAGUGCAGAUAUUAUUGAAGAUAGUAUAAUCAAUGAUUCUUUAAUAGAAAAUUAUCCUGAUACUACUAAUUUGCAACAAAAAGUAUCAUCUAAAUUACAUCUUAUCAAUCCAAAUGUUGAUUCACCAACCGGAGAAUUAAUUGUUCCAAAAAUCAAACAAAAAUCACAUUUAUUGAAUGAAAUUUAUAAUCAAUCCAAAAAGCUGAGAAGGAAAUCAUCUGUUAAUAGUAAACGAAUUUCAAUUAGUGCCCCACUUACACCAGAUGUUCUGCUGGAUUUUGUCAGUUCCACACAUUCAUCAAAAUCUGUUAAUACGAAAAAGAAUAACUCUCAAUCUGUAGACAACAAAUUGGCAAGUGUACAACAACAACAACAACUGAAAAAGUCGAACCUAUUAACAUAUAAAAAAUCUGCGAAAUUAUUUUCGAAUUUAAAGAAUUCACCAUCAGUUACACCUAAGUUAUGUAGUAAGUCAAUUCUCAAGGAGGUUAACCAUAACAGUACUACUACUACUACCACUACUACUAAUAAUAAUAGUGAUAAUAAGGCUAAACUAAAGGCUACGCUAUCUACAGGUAAAAAAACACCGAUUCAAAAACAAUCAAGACAGCCUACUCACAAUAGUCAGUUGAAAAGUAAAAGUAUUACAGAGGAGAAAACGAAUAAUAAUCAGGAAACUAAAAAUCUCUUAGCAUUAUCUAAUCGUAAACAGAAUGUCUACUCUUCAAAAGAUGUUUCAAUUCAACAGCGAAAAAGAUCACGGAGUGCAUUAUGUACACAAACACUACGACCUGUAAUUGUUCCUCUACCGUCUACGAUAGAUUCAGAGACAACAACAAAUAAUACUUGUUUACAGAAAUCGGAAUCACUUAGCAAGCAACAAGAAAAAUCAACUCAAACUUUAAUGGUAUCUAAUCCCAUCCACAAAACAUGUGGUUUAACCAAAGAACUGUUGCCAGACAAUCAUUAUAAAGGAAAGCCAAGUAUUAACGAAAUUACACCAUUAUCAACAACACCGAAACGUCUGUCUGUGAGUCAAAUAAAAACUAUCAAUAAACGUAGUAGUUUAGAAGAAUUCCGGUCUACACCACAGACACGACGCAAAGAGAUGUCGAUAAGAUCUCCAGCGGCGUCUGAAAUAGGCGCAACAAGAAUCAGCAUAGUAUUUAGUGGAACUCAGUCAGAAGAAGAACAAGUUUUGAUUGCAUUAUUGAAAUCAAGCAAUUUAAUUGGCUAUGAUAUCAUUAAAUCUUCAUUUUCACAUUCUUCUUUAACAAAAAUAAAAAAUAAACAUGGUACAGCCAAUCGUUCUGUUGGGUUAUUACCAUUUACACAUUUAGUCGCAGAAUCACCUUGUCGAAGAACAUUGAAAUUAUUUCAUGCUUUAAUUCGUGGUGUACAUAUUGUUACUACGGAUUGGAUACGUCAAUCUGUAACUUUUAAUAUGUGGUUAUCUGAAUCAGAAUUUAAACCUCCUGGAUUACCUCGUUUAUCACGUAUGCAAAAUAUGAAUAGAUUAUUUUCCAAUGUCGGUAUUAUUUAUGUUGGUUUAGAUACAAAACCACCACGUCAAGAUCUUGUCAAUUUAUUGAAUUUAGGCGGUGCAGUUCUUACCAAUAAGAAAACAGAAGCUACAAUUCUUAUCGGUUGUAAUAUGUUAAAUAAAAUCUGUAUUCAGCCAAAUUGGAUUUUAGAUUCCAUAUUUCAAGCCAAAUUAUUAGCAUUAACAAAUUAUGAAAUGUAAAAUGUACAGUUAUCUAAGUCUAUUCUCAUGUUAUAAUUUUGCUUUAUCUUAAUUAGUUUUUUUUAUUUGUUUUUGUUUUCUAUUAAUUGUACAUAAAUUUUCUUUUGUUUUAAUUUUUUUAAAAAGAAGUUGUAACUAGUGUUUCGUCCUUUGCUUUUUUCUUCUUCUUCUUCAGUAAUGUACUUUUGAUUAAUUUUUUUCUUUGUUCAAUAAAUGUUAUCUGUAUAGAUUUGUUUAUUUUGUUUUUACUUUCGAUAUAUGUUUAUUUAUUUACUUAUUUAUUUAUUCAAACACAAGAAAGCAGUAAACAGAUAUGUGCCACAUUCGAAUUGUG